CUCUCUUGCUUUUGUAGGCGGCGUUUAGCCCAUUGGACCAAUCAGAAGAGUGAUUGCACGGUAUCCUGUUGUGGAGCAGUGACAGCCGGAGGACACGGCUUGUGAAUGUUUGUUCCAGUGCACUAGGUAAAAAGAAAUAAUCGACACCUGUCCCAGAAUGGCUAAUGCCCUCUGUAGCAGAGCCAGACUGGUGACCUACGUCCCUGGGUUUUGUUCUUUGAUAAGAAGGGUCUCAGGUACCCGGGCUUUUUCCACAGCAGGAUCUUCAGGCUCUGAUGAGCCUUACAUUGCUGCUACACCUCCUGAUAUACUUCCUAGGACAGUAUGGCCCGAUGAGACUAUGGGCCCCUUUGGCCCACAAGACCACCGUUUUCAGCUUCCAGGUAAUGUAGGAUUUGAUGUCCACGUGAAUGGAGUAGACAAUAAGAGGAAAAUAGAAGUCAAUAAAAAUCUACCGGACUUGCUAACUGAACCUCAACCAAGCGAAAGACAUGAAUUUGUAAUGGCCCAAUUUGUUACUGAAUUCCAGGGGAGUGAAGUUUCACUGCAGCCACAAGAAUUGAACACUAUAGAAAGCUACUUUGAAAAUGCAAAGGUGGAAUGCGCAAUGCAGUCUUGCCCAGAUCUGCUGAAAAAAGAUUUUGCUUCUAUGUUUCCUGAAAUUCCCGGGAAUAAUUUUAUGGUGCUAACAGUUACUCAGAGGACGAAAAAUGAUAUGACCGCUUGGAGUCAAGAGGUCGAAAACGAGAGGGAAAUGUUAAUGGAAAAGUUCAUAAAUGGUGCCAAGGAGAUUUGCUAUGCGCUAAGGACAGAAGGAUACUGGGCGGACUUUAUUGACCCACUGUCUGGGCUUGCAUAUUUUGGGCCUUACACAAACAACACCCUAUUUGAAACAGAUGAGCGCUAUCGCCACCUGGGAUUCAAAGUGGAGGAUCUGGGUUGCUGUAAAGUAAUUCGCCACAGUGUCUGGGGAACACAUGCGGUUGUGGGAAGUAUAUUUACCAACGCUCCCUCAGACAGUGCUAUCAUGAAGAAACUAGGGGAACACUGACUUUGUCAACCAAAUCAUACCAUGGGCCUCAUUUAUUUUGUACUUGCCACCCCGGCAGUCAGUGAAGAACUCUUAAAUCACAAUCUAUACAAAGAGGAUUAAAGCUGCAUUUUAUUUAUGAAAAUGGACCAUUAAAUUUAAUUUAUGAUUUGUUGGUUGCAGAAAAAGGUCAAGGGUAAAAACAAAUUAUUCUUGCCAUUAUUUUAUGGGAAGCAGAGGAAAUUACUCCGUCAAUAAAGUUUUUAUUAAAGACACAA